AUGAACCAAACUGAAUUGAGAAGAAGUAGAAGUAGAACGAGAUGUUCGAAGGAUUAUCGAAUAGUUGAUGAGAGUAUAGGUACAAGUAAGAAUAUUAAGACUACAGAAACGAUACCUCGAGGACAUAGGUCAUUAUCCCGGAUAAGUCUUAUCAAGAGAGAUUCGGAUCAAUUAUUACAAACGGCAUUAGUGAAUCAAAAUUUGAGACAUUCAUCACCUGCUCCAGAAAUACAGAGAAACCUAAGUAAGAAGAAUUCUAUUAGAUCUUUAACUGAAGCAAAGAAACACAUUCCUAUGAAAGAAGUCAGGCCUACGAUGAAGAGAUGGAAUUCAAUUCAAUAUUUGUCCAAUGACGAGUCCAAGAAAGAGGUCGAUGGUAAUAGUAUAUCACCUUUGACAGUAAUAAAAGAUCAAUAUGAUACUAAAAGACCUGUUAAUAAUUAUUCUACACCUAUAGCUGACAAUUAUUAUAAGGAUUUAGAUCAUAGAAUUAACGAAAGAUCUUCAGACGAAAUUAAUGAUGAUUUGAAAACAACCAAUACCACACCUAUGGAAUCUUUGACCAACAAGAUCUAUAACAAGAUGUUGAAAUUAUUAGGUAGUGACAAAGAUUCUAAGAAGUCAGAUUUUAAGUACAAAAAUGAUAGUACCAAUGCAUCGCUUCUGAAAUAUCAAAGUGAACUGGACGACGAUGAUGAUGAAGAUGAGGAAUUCAAUGAUGAAACUCAAGAGGACGGUUGGGCUUCUCCUAAUGUUGAAGAAAAUAUAGAUUUAAACCUUGAUACCAUAAUGACGGAAAUUAAUGAUUUCCAAAAUAAUUUUGUUCAGAAAUUUAAUGCCACCACUCCACAAUCUGAAUUUGAACCUGAAACUUCGAGUAGAAUUCAAAGAAAGAUUCUUGAUUAUAAAGAUCUAUAUCAAGAGGAAACCUUAUCAAAAAAUUCCAGUUACUUCAGCUUAAAGCUGCAAAACCUGCAAAAUCAAACUGCUAAUAUUUUCAAUGAUUAUAAUUUCAAAAUUCAGUAUGAAAAGAUAAUUCAAGAAUAUAAUCUUAUAAGAUUGAGAUUCAACAAUAUCUCCACUUACAAUAACUAUACAUUGAAAGGAGAAAAAGUCAAUCAGACCAAUACAAAUGAACAUUUAAAAUCCAAUGUGGGAGUGUUGGGGUUCUUGAAUCGUGUUAAAACCUUGCAACAAAAAGAACACCAAGUUGCUGAAACUUUACUCAAUAAACCACCCCAUAAGUCCAGUAUUUUGAAUGUUGAUGAAUAUCUUAUGAAUAUUUGGAAUGAAGAAAUGGAAUCCUUAACGGAAUCUAAUCAGUCAAGUGCCAAUACAUCCCAAACUCAACUGCCAUUACAAUUCCCACCUAAAGCUGAUUACGGAUUUUAUAAUCCUUCCAUUCAUAACAAUCAUUCCCAUCAUUUGAUGAGUCAAAUUAAUACCCCCUUAUCCAAUAAAUCAUCAUUUGACGUUACCCACACCAAUAGUUUCUCAGAAUUAGCAGGUAAAGUAAAAUUGAGGAAUUAA